UCUCAGAGUACUUUCCAGGACAAUAUUGCUAUUUGAAAACAAAGCUAAGCCCUUUCUAAACAGCACGAUGCAGGAAUAUUAUUUGCACAAGAAUAAGAGGAAUUUAUGGGUGAUUUGACAGACCGGCUCAUGAUUCAGUGUCACACACUGAGUUCUGUAAGUUCCUCAAACUGCUUUAAUGCUUGAAGCUGCUUUCAAAGUUUACCUCCACAGGUGAGCGGCAUCUGUGUCAGUCUCGAUAGCUUAGGAACUCAUGGAGUGCCUCUGACAUGGCAGUUAAUUAAAUUUAGGAAUGCUGUAUAGUCCCAGUCUGCUCAGCACCAAUCUGCGAUGAAUUAUCCAAUAAAUUACUAUUUUAGGGAACCUGCUUGGCCGAUGGUCUUUCACGUCAAAAAAGCCAGCUGUGGGGUUUUUGGAGCAGGUUGUAGCCAGUCCAGGUGUGAUAGGAUUAAAAGAUGAAGCUGUGGCUGUCAUCCAGCACUCAGGAGUGUGUUCUGCAUUGUGUUGUUCCAGUUGUGAACCUGUAACACUUUCUUUUGAUGGUAGAGUAUCUGAACCUGAAGAAUUUGUGUGUUUCUCUUCCCCAUUUAAUGAAUCUUCCCUUCACUUUUCUCUGCACAGAAACAUCUCAGGCUUUCUCCAGACAAGCUCAUACCUGCCAACCCCAUUUACUCCUAACUUUCCAACUUCAGCUGUUGUCUUAGGUCAGCCUUCCCCCUCAGACCAGCAGUCCUGCUGAAGUCGGCAGAAACAUUGAAUUUCAGCAACAGGAGGGGUUAGAGGAGAUGCCACAGAAGCAGCCUCACCUUCAGCCCUGACCUGCUGCACCACUUCAGGUUUUCCCUGCACAUAGGUAAACAAGCACAUACAAGACAAAGAAGUUUUAGUUGCGUGUCUGCAGGUAUACGUUCUUAUAUGAGUGUAUAUUGUUAUUUAUGAAUGUAUAUUGUUAUGUAUGGUAUUUAUGCUUAAUGUUAAUUAAGCUCUUAAUUUUUUUGUGUGAAACUUCCUGAUUCUCUUUGAUGUUGUCAAAUGUUUCUUUUGUUGUAGAGCUGAUACUGUCUGCUCAGGCAGAGGGCUGUGUAAAGGACAGUCAGAAAGUAAGGUGACAGUCAUGCUUUAAUCUUAUAUAAACACUAUAUUUAUAUUGAAGGGUUUUUUUUAAGUUUUCAACACAUUUGUUGUAAGUCUAAAGGGUGGGAAAAGCUUUCUUCUUUUCUUCCCUUCAUAGUUUUUCACAAAAUACGAGCGCGUUUACAGGAGCAAUUAGCGCAAUUAGCAAUUGAACCCUCUGUUAUUUUUUCCCCAUUUCCUUCUCCUUCCCCGGGGGACCCGUGUGUUUUCUGAGGCAGCCCAGUGUGGCUGUGAGGCCAGGGCAGGUGCAGAGGGCAGAGCAGGGCCAUGGAGGCAGUGGACGUGCCGCCCGAGGGCUACUCGCUGAUCAAGGCCGUGUACCAGCGGCGGCUGCGGCUGACGCGGCUGCUGAUCGACGGCGGCGCCUACGUCAAUGAGAGCAACAGCCGCGGCGAGACCCCGCUCAUGGUGGCCUGCAUGACCCAGCACGCCGACCUGCAGAGCGCCAGCAAGGCCAGGAUGGUCAAGUACCUGCUGGACAACAAGGCUGACCCCAACAUCCAGGACAAGUCGGGCAAGACGGCCCUGAUGCAUGCCUGCCUGGAGAAGGCAGGCCCCGAGGUGGUGUCGCUGCUGCUGAUGAGCGGCGCUGACCCCAGCCUGCCGGACCACUCCAACUGCUCUGCGCUGGUGUACGCCAUCAACGCUGCCGACAGAGACACGCUGGAGCUGCUGCUGAAGGCCUGCAAGGCGCGAGGGAAAGAGGUCAUCAUCAUCACCACGGACAAGUCCGCCUCGGGGAGGCAGAAGACCAAGCAGUACCUGAACGUGCCUCCUCCAGACCUGGAGGAAUGCACUUCCCCAGCCGACUGCACCUCCCCGUCAGAGAUAGAACCACACGAGGGUCCAGAAGACCCAUUCAGCUAUAAAGAGCUGUAUGGUGGGCAGCAGGGGGACAGCUCAUCUGAAAGAAUGCCACUGAUGACCAAAUCCAGCUCCACACCAGCACGCUUCAAGCUGGCACAGGUGCUGCAGUGUGAUCCGUGGCUGAAGUGCUGUCCAGCAGUGUUCCAGCAGAGGAAAAUUGCUUCUCCACAAGAACUCCAGAGUAUCAGUCCCAUGGAAGAGCUCUCCUGUAAAGUCGGUGGCCUUGACUUAUGCAAGAGUGUCGCCACCAGUCAUGAAAGUAGAGACAGGAAGGACCCUGCUCAGGUGCUGAGAACCUCUGAUCAAACCAUGUCAAGGAAAGCACUACGUGAUGCAAUAAACUAUCAGACUCCUUUUGUUGAAGAGAAACAUAACCCCAGUGAGAUUCCCAUGGGCAUGGAUGCCAGUUUGGGACAAAUCAGCUUACUUUCAAACCUUGGCAAUAUUAUCAAGAAAGGAAGUGGAGAAGCAAAUUACAACAUCUCUGGUUCUCAGUUAACUAACAGUCUAAUUCCUGCUGCUGAUACCAAAGGUAGUAAGUCAUCAAAAGGAACUAAAGAGAUUCUUCCCACAUACCAGACUUUGUUACCAAGUCCAAGAAGAGGCCUGGAGAUGUCUCCUGUUUCUCCAAGAGGCAGAAAUCAGGCUCCUCCUCUAGAGGAAGAGGGCUCAGGAGCCUUAGUGUUGGAUCAGACAAGGCCAGGUUUUCUGCCUCCACUGAGUGUGAGCCCCCGCCCCCCAGUUCCAGAGCUCACUGUCAUAAACACAGUUUCUGGAAUGAUUUCUUACGGACAAACUCACUUAGUACCCCCAGGAUCUGCCUUCCCUAAGGGGACCAAAGAGACGAAUCUGCUGCGGAGGAGGCCGUAUGAGCAGAUCACAGUCUGAGCAGGUUCAGCAGUCACUGAAUCUUUAACAGGAGAGCAAAGGGGAUCUUUAUGAUAUGUAAAUAUUCAAUGCAGUUCUUGACUGUAAUGGUAUGUAUCACAAAAUAGAGCAGGUCUGUGAUGUAAAGUAAUGUCUGUCUCAGGAUGAGUGGUACAGCUCAGAAACCAAAUGAAAAGACAUCUAAUGAGGCUGUCUUCUGCAAACUAAGGAGUGUUUGUUUUGCUGAUUUGGUUAAGGUUUUCAACUUGCCUGUGACAGACAACCCACAACAGUCCUUAAGCAUUGCAGUUCUCAUUGUAGGUUGUAAAUACUACCCCUCCAAGCUUUCCCCAAACACGCACCCUUGCAGCACCCAGAGGGGGCGGUGCACAUGGCGUUUGGCACCCCGAAGCGUCUGACUGUGAUGCUGGACCGCGGACUGCCCGUGUCCAGGUUGUAUAUACGCAGAAACCCCAGAGACAGCGGCGUGCGCGGGGCGGGUGGCAGCAGGCGCACACCGGCCGCGUGUCCUGGCCGCAGCAGCCUCGCACACACGU